GUUUUAGUCAGCUGUACAUGUAUAUAUGCUUGGAGUCGUGCGACAGUGCUUCUUGACAAAACGGUGUUUACUUCAAAAUAUUGAUGUCGAAUGAGGAGGACACCAACACAAUGGAGCCACAGAUGAAACGCUGGAAAGGGUCAGUGUGCGAUGCCGACUCCUGGGUUGCUUAUCCUGUACUGUCAGAUGAGCAGUCACAAGACGUCGAGCUGACAGAGGCGUUUGCUGCACCCAUUGUCAACAAGAAAGAGACGUCUCGACUUGUCAGGGAGCUGAACAGCCUCUACCCGCUGAACAGCCUUCCGCACAUAAAGAGGGUGCGGGCGUGCAAGGCGAAGGGCAGCCUUCACCCGCUGGAGGUGCUUAUAUGCCUUAUCAGUGAUGCACCAGACAUGAAAGAGGUCAGCAUCGACUCUCUGCUGCCCUCAGAUGGAGUUAAACCUGACGGACUCGGUGAGCUGUUUGUGGUGAAGGUUCCUGCACGUCCCCCCCUGACCCGGCCCCAGUUUGAACUAGCAAGCCAACACUGGCCAACAUCCUUCCAUGAGGACAAACUGGUGACAGUGGCCCUGAGAGGAGAGCGCUUCACCCCUACUCAGAAAGCCACGAUGCACUUGUACAUGAUGUCGGCUUUGACUGCUGCCAAAACUGGAAAGGAGUUGGGGAUGGAAGCAGUCGGGGCCGUCGUGGUCGACCCAAAGACGGAAAGAAUCGUUGCAGUGGGCCACGACUGCAGAGGUGACCACCCUCUGCACCACGCAGUCAUGGUCUGCAUCGACCUUGUGGCUCGGAGUCAGGGCGGCGGAUGUUUUUGUUUUGACCGUUAUUCCGCUUGCCGAUUUACCCCAGCUGCAUCGAAUCCAUCUCAAAAUGUACCUGAUUCAGAUGCAGGUUCUCAGCCGUACAUAUGCACUGGGUAUGACCUGUAUGUGACCAGAGAACCUUGUGUUAUGUGUGCCAUGGCGCUGGUGCACUCCCGGAUUGGGCGGGUUUUCUAUGGGACAGCCUCUUUAGAUGGGGCGUUAGGGACGAAGUACAAAAUCCAUUCACAGAAAGAUCUCAACCAUCGCUUUGAAGUGUACAAAGGAGUGUUGAGCAAGGCGUGUGAAGAUCUUAGCAGUUCAGAUGACCACAACAAAAAGGACAGCGUACAAUAACUUGAAGUAUCUGUUUUGUCAUUGGUAAUUCACUAGAAAUUCUGAAGAUCUCAAGAAGUGCGAAAUAAAUAUUUUACAUCAACAUUUAUUUAAAAUAAAGUUUUAAUCAUA